CAGGGCAAAAGCGACAGCAGCGCUCGCGACUUUUGGGCACAAUUCAAGCUGUGCACGAGUCACACCGAUCGCUUUAUAAGAGCUGCCGCAAUAACCGUUUACUCUCAGACGCGCAAGGCGGCUGCACACAGCAGAUGAUGCGGUAUGCUAUGCUAAGGAGUGGGAGUUAACCCCGCGCGCGGUAAGGAAAAGUGAGCGCCGGCAUGGAUGAGGUUGCGCAGACGUUAAACCAACCGGGGGUGCUUGCUGGGUACCGCAAGGGCGACCGCGUCGAGCUCCACUCGCUCAAGGGCGCGGCCGAACACAAUGGCAAGUGCGGCGCGGUCGUCGGGCGCCAGGGCGAACGGGUGCAGGUGCGGUUGGACGACUCCAAGACGCUGGCAUUGAAAGUCGAGAACAUCAGGAAGCUUGUUGCGAUGCCGGACGCCGGCACGAUGCGCAGGGCCUUUGCCGAGCUUUCUGCCGCAGAGAAAAAAGUCAACGCCGCCCUUCCGCCUGGCGCGGGCAUGGAGGACCCCUGCGCCUUCUGCGGCGGCGCGCGGCCGCACGGGAAGAACGACGAGUUCCUGCCGUGCUGCGGGGUGAGCGUCUGCUCGGGCUGCAGCCUCGCCGCAGCAAGGCGACCGACGCCGUGCGGCAAAUGCGGCAAGACGGUCCCGCAGAUGCCGAACGACCUCCUCGAUGCCUACGCGCGGCUCGCCGCCGCCGGCCACGAGGGCGCGAGACGGCGGGGCCUGACGCUCGCGGCGAUGCUCAAGGUCCCCGAGGCGACGCGGCGCCAGUUCGAGUCAAGCGACGCCCGGAGAGUACGCCCCGAGGGGCUCACGGAGAGCGAGGGAGCCGAGUAUGUAGCGAAGUGCCUGAGCGAGGGCCACGCGCCGAACCUCGACACGGCCCGGGCGUUCCGCGACGCGAAGGUCAAGGAGCGGACGGCGGCCGUCGCGGCAGAGGUCGCGAAGGCGCGCGCGGAGGCAGCGGCGCGGGGACCGCCCGAGACGUCGGCGGCGGAGUUGGCGGCGCUGCCGGACGAGCUCUCGGACGUGCAGCGCGAGCUGCUGCGGGAAGCGGCGAGCGCGGACACGUGCGAGGUGUGCGGCCGGGUCGCGAAGGUCCAAGUCUGCACGGCCUGCAAGUGCGUGGCGUACUGCUCCCGCCCGUGCCAGAAGCAGGACUGGUCGAGGCACAAAAACAUGUGCAAGGCUCUGCGGGCGAUGCGCAAGGUCAAGACGCCGGCGGCGGCGAUCGACGACCCCGCGGCCCGCCAGGGCGCCGCGCAGUGCUUUUUCCUGCGCGGCGCCCUGAAGCUCCGGACGAAGAACUAUGCCAAGGCGGUCGAGGCGUACGAGAGAGGGCUGGCCCUCGACUCAACCGACGUCGUCGCGACGAUGAACCUAGGGCUCGCGCUCCGGAAUCUGGGGCGCCACGCGGACGCGAAGCCGUACUUAGUGAAGGCACACGAGCUCGAUCGCGAUUACGGCCCGGCCUGCCACAACCUAGCGGAGUACAUCUACGAAGUCGAGGAAAACGCCGCCCGCGCGCGGCCCCUCUACCAGCGCGCGACGGAGCUCCUGCCGACGUAUCCGACGUCCUGGUUUGGCCUCGGUAGUACCUUGUCAACUCUCAAGGACGAGGACGGCGCAGUCGUCGCGUACGAGCGGCUCCUGGAGCUCAUGCCGGACAAUACCUUCGGCCGGAAAAACAUCUGCAUGGGCUACUUGCAUCUCUUGUGCCGCGCCGUCGACUUUAAGCAGCCGGACGACUUCCGCCGAUGCCGGGCCGCGUUCGAGCGGCACCUCGCCGAAGGCCUUCGGCGCGACCCGCGGAAUGCCGAUUUCCCGAAGCUGCGCAUAGCUUUCGACAACGUCUUGAAGAUCGCGUCCGACCCUGCUCGCGGCGGCCCUGAUGACGCGGUCCGCGCGUACCGCGCGAUGCGCGACGCGCAGCGGCGGAAGGCCGACGCCGACGCCCACCUCAGAACGAUAAACGAGAAGAUUCGGGCCGCCGAGGCGAGGGUGGCGGAGGCGUGCGCCGCGGCGGGCUCAGGAGAAGGCUAACCGUCUCAGCACGCCAUCGCCGCGAUCGGCGCGAGUGUGUGUGUUCGCGAGAGCGUCGCGGCGGCGAUUUUGAGUUUUGUAAUCCGAAUAUUAUU